CCGCUCCAGCGCGCACCGCACGACGUGUGAUCGCGCCAGCGCGUCGAUCGGCACCAUAACCUCGUUCUGCAGACGGACUUUUGUCGACACAAGAAGUGCUUCCCUUUCCCCCGAACUCUUAUUAGAGUUUAUAUCGACAAAAGUGACAUCUACCACUCAAGUACCACCAUGGCAGCAUUGUCAGGGGGAGAGACGUGCGUCAAAUACCUGAUGUUUGCCUUCAACUUGGUGUUCUGGCUUGCAGGUACUGCUGUAUUCGCUGUGGGCCUGUGGUUGAGAUUGGACCCAAAGACCAAAAGCAUUUUUGAAGGAUCAGACUCUCCAGUGUUUUACACAGGCGUAUACAUCUUGAUUGGAGCUGGAGCACUUAUGAUGGUGGUGGGCUUUCUCGGAUGUUGUGGGGCUAUCCAGGAGUCACCCUGCAUGCUGGGGCUGUUCUUCUUCUUUCUGCUAAUCAUAUUAGCGGUUGAAGUAGCAGCUGGCAUCUGGGGGUUUUCAAACCAAACCAAGGUGGUAGAUGACAUCACAAGAUUCUACAUGCAGACUUACAACGACUAUAAGAAAACAGGAGACGAGCGACUCAAAGAGACGCUGCGGGUCAUCCAAGCUGAGCUGAAAUGUUGUGGUCCAAAUGGUAUGGUACAAGAGACAGCUGCCAAAGACACUUGUCCCCGUGGAGAACCACUCGAAGAGUUCAUUCUUAAGGGCUGUCCGCGUGCCAUUGAUGAUGUGUUCGACUCUAAGUUGCACAUCAUCGGAGGAGUGGGCAUCACCAUUGGAAUUAUCAUGGUGUUUGGGAUGAUCUUUAGCAUUCUCCUGUGCCGCGCAAUCAGGAUGUCUCGGGAGGUGGUGUGACUGCUGCCUGAAGUCCUUGUAAAAGUUGCAUGAUGUCAUUCCCAGAGUCAAAUGACUUCCCACUGCCAAUAGGAUCACUGCUUGUUUGAGGGGGGCAUAACAUAAUCUGGGCUGUCUGCAGAUAUUUCUGGCUAUACUUGGGUAUAAUACAUCAAUUCUAACUGUGCUGCUGACAUAGAUGUGAUGUGAUUAUUAAGCCCAGCUAUACAAUGGGUAUCAUCUGUGGUUCAGUGAAAGAGUAGAACAGAAAUGUUUCAUUUUGUGGUACAGAAAUCUAUGUCUGUCACUUGAUAAUUAUGUAAACAAAAGAACGUACUAAUGUAUGCUGAUCACAUUUCUAUUGAACUCAUGCUGGGUUUCCUCCUAGCACAAGCGCACAGUCUGGAUCCAAGGCCACAGAGCAGCAAACUUCACCAUUUCAGCGCAACACAGCAGUGAUCAGUGAUUAAGAUUCUUUUAUCUCACAAUCAUGGUACAAGUAGCCAAUUGAAUACCAAGCUAUUACCGACAAAAUAACUGUGAUUUCACCCAGCUUGGUGUUGAGUAGCAUCUUGUUUCCAACAGAAUAAUAACAUUUUUCUUUCCUGUCUCUUCCGCUUCUCCUAAUUGUUCUUGGUUGCCACGCCUUUUUAUUUUGUCAUAUUUUUUAAAAAGUGUUUCUUUUCUAUUUGUAAGAUUUUUAAUGUUUGGUGUUUAUAUGGUACAUGCAGUUUGAUGAUGAUGUAUUUUUUUAUUGUCCUCUUCAUUUGACAGAAUGGGUGGAUUUAUGCUACAGUAUGUGCACUAUAUUUCACAAACUCAAAGUUAACGAGAGCCAAAUAAACUCAAAUAUAAUAAACUGAGUUUGAGGCUA